AAGUCCAACAUAUGGCAGUGCCCCUCGCCAAUCCGUGGAGGGGGCAUUUGUCUGGAGUGCCAUUCAGACCAAUGACAGCAGCAUGUGGGCGUGUGUUGAGAGUGUGUGAGGUGCUUUUUGAGUUUAGUAAAUGACUGCAGCAAGAAAUACUGAGGGGCUGAGAGGCUUGUGAGCGAUGGAACAGACUCUGUGUACUGAAAUAUCAACGUUUGGGCUUUUCUGACGAGGAUUCGAGACAAAAACAAAAUGAGCAGCGUCUCCUAACUGGACCAGACAAUGGAAGUAGCUUCAUGCAGCACUAACAAUUCACCCCUGGGAAACAAGUACGCACUAAAUCAGACUACCUCAGCCAGAGGUAGCUAAAACUAACGUGUGGCUCGAAAGCGACACAUUUCUUCAUUGGGAUGCAUGUACAAAGAAGCGCGGAGGGAAAGAGCAGACGCAUAUGUAUAUUUCCCCAAUGACUUUGAUGGCUGCGAGGAGGUAUAGUGUAUAGUUUCGUUUCUUUCAAAUGUUUGCGAUGGAGCGUCUGUGAAUAUUCUUGGCGACUGCGCAUCUGAUGCUGCUAUGGAUCGUCCGGAAUGAACAUCUGAAUUUAUCUCGUCGAGUUUUUUCCACAGCGCCGCUUCUUCCACCUGAAAUUCCGCAACCCGCGUGAAACAGGAGCUCCGCUUCACCUACACAGUCGCUGUCGGGAAAAUGACCAGCUCGUCUGUAUGCUCUUGAGAUUUGUUUGGCCUUUUUGGGAAUCUGAAACGAGCAAAGGACGAAUUGUUCACCUCAGAAGUGCGAGAAGAAGGAAUUGUAGGGCGCGCUGAGCUGUAGCUUAACUACAUCCACUCAUCUCCAACCUGACACAAUGUUCGCACUCGGGAUUUAUUUGUGGGAAACUAUUGUAUUUUUCAGCCUGGCAGCAUCCCAACAAGCAGCGGCUCGGAAAGCUGCAUCCCCAAUGCCUCCCUCAGAAUUCCUGGACAAGCUAAUGGGGAAAGUGUCCGGUUAUGAUGCAAGAAUCAGACCUAAUUUCAAAGUCGUAGACCCACAAGGCUCCAAAUCGGAUGGUACUCACAAGAAAGGUCCACCUGUGAACGUAACAUGCAACAUUUUUAUUAACAGUUUUGGAUCCAUUGCUGAAACAACAAUGGAUUACAGAGUGAACAUUUUCCUGAGACAGCAGUGGAAUGACCCUCGGCUGGCCUACAGCGAAUAUCCCGAUGACUCCCUUGACCUCGAUCCCUCUAUGUUGGACUCCAUUUGGAAACCUGAUCUGUUCUUUGCCAACGAAAAGGGAGCCAAUUUCCACGAGGUGACCACUGAUAACAAGCUCUUGAGGAUCUCCAAAAACGGGAACGUUUUAUACAGUAUAAGAAUAACACUGGUUCUGGCCUGCCCCAUGGACCUGAAGAAUUUCCCUAUGGAUGUGCAGACCUGUAUAAUGCAGCUGGAGAGCUUUGGCUACACGAUGAAUGAUCUUAUAUUUGAGUGGGAUGAGAAGGGAGCCGUGCAGGUAGCAGAUGGACUGACGUUACCUCAGUUUAUAUUGAAGGAAGAGAAGGAUCUGCGCUACUGCACCAAGCACUAUAAUACAGGGAAGUUCACCUGCAUAGAGGCUCGAUUCCACUUGGAGAGACAGAUGGGCUAUUAUCUGAUCCAGAUGUAUAUUCCCAGUCUCCUGAUUGUCAUUUUGUCUUGGGUGUCCUUCUGGAUCAACAUGGACGCUGCCCCAGCCCGUGUGGGGUUGGGAAUCACGACUGUGCUGACCAUGACCACCCAGAGCUCAGGAUCUCGAGCCUCUCUUCCCAAGGUCUCGUAUGUGAAAGCCAUUGACAUUUGGAUGGCAGUGUGCCUUCUCUUCGUCUUCUCUGCCCUGCUGGAGUAUGCGGCCGUCAACUUCAUUGCACGCCAACACAAGGAGCUUCUGCGCUUCCAGAGGAGGAGAAGGCAUCUGAAGGAGGACGAGGCGGGAGACGGCAGAUUCAGCUUCGCAGCCUACGGCAUGGGUCCAGCGUGCCUCCAGGCCAAAGACGGCAUGGCAAUCAAGGGCAACAACAACAACGCGCCCACCUCCACCAACCCCCCUGAGAAAACUGUGGAGGAAAUGCGCAAGCUCUUCAUCAGCCGUGCCAAACGGAUCGACACAGUGUCGCGUGUGGCCUUUCCGCUGGUCUUCCUCAUUUUUAACAUUUUCUACUGGAUCACUUACAAGAUCAUACGCAGCGAGGAUAUUCACAAGCAGUAAAGAUAUUCGAAUACACCCGCCUCUACGCCCCUUCCUCACGUCCCACCGUGCCCGCCUUUCUCUCAGUGCAGUGCUCUCACUCGCUUUUGGUGAUGACGAGUCCCCGGCAGAGGUAUUUAUUCCUCCUCCUUUUCUUUUUUUUCCGUCUUUUUCUCUUCUAUCCUCCUGAAUAAUCCGGACCUGUGCAAUAGCAAUGCAGUAAAAUGCAUGAUAUAUGAAUGUGGCAAUAUAUUUACUAAAAAAAAAGAAAAUGACUAAAAGUAAAUAUUCAACUUAAGAACUUCUGAUGACUGGGAAUCCAAGAGGAUAUCUUGUAAAACAUUUUUUUUGCAACUUGAAGACGUACUGCAUUGCAAGAAUACGGAGAAACAUUACUGCUGUAAUAUAUCCUAUAUUUAAAUGAUAAUACUUCCAGUGAGAAAGCUAUUGAAGCAUUUUUCGGGUUCUCGAGGCAGUUUGGGGCUUCCAUGAAUACACUAUGAAAAUGUUACAGGUCUCAGAGACCGAGAUUUGCUUUGGUACGUGUGUCCUGGGGUCUCCUGAUGUUUCAUUCUGAUAUCGAUUAUUAAUGGAUCUUGAUGAGUGCCAGGUGAGAAAAAGAAAAGAGUUUAUUUAUUCAAGCUGUGGUCAAUGUGUUCCUCUAUCUGUGCUCAUUUUCAGAUUGAAUUAUGUUGUAUUCAUGUGCCAAACGUUAUUUUUUUAGGUUGACCAAAAAACAAUUACAUAGUCUUAUUUAUUUAUUUAUUUAUUUAUUUAUUUAUUUAUUUAUUUAUGUUUUUAUCAUUUAAUUAAGCUGAAAAAGCCUGACUGAGGCUUGAGGAAAAUAUUUAAUACAAGUUUAAAUCAAAUAAUAUGUAGAAGUAUAUAUACUUUAAAUCAGUGUUUCUUAACCACGUUCCUGACCACCAGCACUGCAUGAUUUAGAUGUCUCCUUCGUCCAUCACACCCAAUGACUGUAAAAAAUAUAAACAACGCUAAAGCUGUGAAUGCAAAAUACCUCAUGAUGGGCACAAACUGUCACAAAAAACUGCUGAAAUUGGAGCCUGGGCAUGCGUAGAAGGACUGCCUGAUGGAGCCAGAGGCAGAGCCGCAGAAUUAAGCUUCCAACCA